AUGAUGUUCCCUGUUAAACGUUCCCUAUUUAGCUUCAUACUAUACUCCUGGCAAUAUACCGAAAACGUAAAUGAACUAAGCACAUCAUGGAAUCAUUCAACUGGCCAGAAUAAUACCUUGGUUGUUAGGAUUAGCAGAUUAUUAAUGGGUGAAACUAAUGUAGAAGCACUACUACAACAGAAUAAUAGUCUGUUCAGGAAACAGUGCAUCGGUUCAGUGAAUACAAAUGGCGAAACCUACCUGCAGGACCGUUCCGAUGUAACAAAAUAUAAUGACAGCUCUAACCCAAGAUCUAAAAGGAGCAAUUCUGGUGGCAGUUCAAGGAAGAAGUCGAAAAGUAGGAUGGAUCGUGGUAACGUGGACAAAUCCAACGAAUCCUUAAAUUUGAAUAAUUUUGAUGAUCAUCAAGGCAAGGAAAAGUUUGGAGGAUCCAUGAGGUUCAGUAGCAUGGAGACUCUGCUUGAAGGUCGAAGUGAUCAUGGUAACGACGUUGAUCAGGGCGUUAGCGCGUCCAUGCUCUUUGACAGCAUGGAUAGUAUAUUCGAGAAAGGAGCCGAUGAUAUUUUUAAUAAUAAGGACAAAGUGCAUAACUCUGCAAAUGCUGACAGCAUGGACAGUAUAUUCCAGGAAGCAGCCAAUAACGAUGAUUCUAACAGAAGCCAGCAAAUUACAGAAUCCAUGACCAUUGACAGCACGGACAGUCUGUUCGAAAAACUGGAUUAUAAUGAUCUGGAAGAACAAAACAGCAUGGUUCAAUCAUCAGAAUAUCAUAAUAAGGAUAAAAGACUUUCUACUACAGCAGGAUUGGAUGUAGAUGAUGAAGUUGACAAUUACAUUGAUAAAUUAGGACCACCAAAUGAAUUGUCCGGCACACAUAGUGGAGAGUUUUUUGAGAACACCUCUUCGGGCAAAAUGCUCAGAAAAUUAGAUGUCAACGUUGGAUCAGGGGGUUCCUCAUGUGACUUACGAAAUAAAGUACAAGGUGAGGGAACGAGAGAGAAAUACAAACGAUUCUCAUUGAAGGGAAGCACCGGAAGCACAAUGAACGGGAGGCUGAAUGAAGCAGUUAACAUCAAAACCGGAAGAGGCUUUAGCAAAAGUGCCGAAGAAGGUUUUGAAAGACCAAAAUUUCAGCAGAACAAGAUCAGCUACGAGUGGGACCGGAGAAAGCCGAAAUACCAGAACCAUCAGAAGUAA